AUGGAAGGCCAGGUCAGCACAGACACCCCCAGCUUAAGGAAGACAGAUCUGAAAGGCCGGAGUGCACUGUUGGCUGACAUCCAGCAAGGCAAACGCCUACGAAAAGUCACCCAGAUCAAUGACCGCAGUGCCCCACAGAUCGAGAGUUCAAAAGGAACCAGCAAAGAGGGAGGAGCCGCUGGCGGCAGCACCCGAGGAGGAACCACGCCCCCUGCCCUGGGAGAUCUCUUCGCUGGUGGCUUUCCUGUGUUGAGACCAGCAGGCCAGAGGGAUGUGGCAGGAGGCAAGACCGGACAGGGCCCUGGCUCCCGAGCGCCUUCUCCCCGGCUCCCCACCAAAGCCAUCGGCGGCCCCCUUCCUGCCCCUGCAUCUCCCAGGCUAGGCAAUGCCUCAGAGACGCACAGCUCUGCCAGGCCGGCCCCUCCUCGCCCCAGUGUGCCUGCCCCACCGCCUCCCACUCCACCCCCACCCCCGCCUCCACCUCCGCCACUCCCCCCGGCCUCUCCCAUCAAAGCCCCGUUGGUGUCCCCACCUGUCCCUCCAACCAAGGGGACUCCAUCUGUGGUGCCACCCCCUAUACCCUGCGCACCUCCUCUUCCGCCUCCUCCCCCGACUCCGCCCCCGCUGCCCGCAGCCUCAGCGCUCAGUGACAAGGCAGUGAGGCCCCAACUAGCCCCGCUGCACCUGCCACCCAUCCCACCCCCGCUCCCCCUUCUCCCACCCUGUGGGUACCCGGGACUCCACUCAGAGCCCAGCAGCCCUGCACAGGAGGUACGAGAACCACCAGCUCCUCCACCGCCGCCGCCACCACCACCUCCACCACCACCACCACCUCCACCACCGCUCCCCAUCCACGCCUCUAGCUCCCCGAGGGCCGCUGGGGCCCCGCCCCCUUUGCCAGGCUCAAACAACAGCGGCAGCGAGACUCCUCCCCCGCUGCCCCCCAAAUCCCCCAGCUUCCAGGCGCAGAAGGCCUUGCCCACACCUCCGGGUGCUCCCGGCCCUGGCCCUCAGGCUAUCCUGCAGAAGAAGCGGCGAGGCCCAGGAACCAGCGGGGGAAAGCUAAACCCACCUCCAGCCCCACCUGCAAGAUCGCCCACCACAGAGCUUUCCAGCAAAAGCCAGCAGCUUGGAGGCCAGCUACGGAAUGGAAGCCAGCACAUGAUUGAUGACUUCGAGUCUAAAUUCACGUUCCACUCCAUGGAAGACUUUCCCCCUCCUGAUGAAUACAAACCCUGUCAGAAGAUUUACCCCAGCAAGGUCCCCAGAAGCCGCACACCUGGUUCCUGGCUCCAAGCUGAGGCAGCUGGGCAGAGCUCUGAUGACAUCAAAACCAGAAAUUCUCAGUUAUCUCUAAAGGCACUCCGGUGAGACGAUGGUGAAGCCAAGGUCCUGGGGUUCUGGAUUGGCUGGACACUGAGACAACUCCUCGAGACUCUGUUGUACUCAAGCUCUACGCAUUUGACAUGCAGGCUCCGAACUGAGCAUUUAUUUAUUGUAUAUAAUGAUUUGCACGAACCCUACAGCAUCAUUUUAGUCAACUUUUAUUUGAGUAAUAUUUUAAUAUUUUUAAAAUACGCAUCCUGGCAUUUGUCUGUCUUGUACAGAUGGCACCCUAUCCCGCCCUGUAGUGUUCACUGUGGCUAUAACACAUGCUUGCAGGCUGGUCCUUCUGAAACCUUUUCCAGAGCAUCCUUAGUUUUCAAGUAGUCCGAAACUCAUAACACUCUCCACGACAGCUUUUUAUUGGCAUGACUCUCAUCACACCAACUGCAAAAUCAAACCAAAUAAUGCCUUAUAAACCACGCAGCUCAGAGGAAGCAGUGUGUCCCCGGGUCCUGGUGUUGUCACACAGCUUCCAGUGAGCGAGAUGCCAGGUCUCGCUUCUUUUUAGCAGUACAGGGAAUGUCAUUUUGCUGCCUAAUGUAUAUAUAUUCCCAAUGCAAAGGCUAGAGUGGGCGUGGCCCCUCCCACGCCUUCCGCAGGGCCCCUUUUGUAACUGAAUUCUUUUACAGGUAGCCAAUGCUCUCACUGUUUACAGCAUCCCUAGUGCCCAGUCCCCACUUUCCUUCUGCCCCUCCAUGUUCCCAGCUCCAUGCUGGUAGCCAGGGUAAAGUCAGCUUUAGGAGAUUUUGGUGCCCUCCCACCCUAUAGACUGCAAAUGUAUAUAGCUCAUGAUUAUGACGAGUUGAUUUUUACCUCAGAAGUCUCCCUCCCCAAACUCUACUCGGAGUGUAAGAUUUAUGUGGAAAAUACAGCAUAUAUUAAAAAAGAAGAAGAACAAAAGGAGACUGAAGCAAUCGAUCCACUGGGAACACGCCUGCUCCAUAAGCCUAAGGGUAUACAAGAAAAACACUGGAUAACACUUGUUAUUCCAUGGCUGGGGAAGCGGAGACAGGAAGAGCCCUGUGACUCGCUGGCCAGCUGAGCUAAUCAGGGAGCUCUAGGUUCCAGAAAGUCUCAAAAUACAAUGUGGCAACUCCUGAGGCCACAAUACCCAAAGUUGACCCCUGGCCUCUUACAGGCUCAUGCAUUACAUGUGUGCACACACACAUUCCACACGGGAACGUAUGCAGCCAUAUACAAACACAUACGAAAGAGCAAAGCAGCUCGUGGAGUAUAUCUCAAAUAGCUGGCCCCUUUGGUAGGAAUCUGAGA